AUGGCACUCCGACGAGCGCCUGGAACGGGUGGCAAUGCAACGGCUACCAAGCGCAUACGCAAAGAGAUCUCUGACCUUGCGCGCGAGAACCUCGGCGCUAUCUCCCUCGCGCCAAACGAGAGUAACAUCUUCCAAUGGAGAGCUACAAUUCCAGGCCCAGUCGGCUCACCGUACGAGGGCGGCGUGUUUGACGCUGACAUCCGAAUCCCGGAGGACUAUCCCUUCUCUCCACCCCAUGUUCAGUUCGUGACGAAAGUGUAUCACUGCAAUGUUAGUCAGCACGGCGCUAUCUGUGAUCAGCUCUUGAAAACGGCUUGGUCUCCCGCGCUCUCCCUUUACAAAGUCGUCCUCUCGCUCUCCUCCCUCCUCACUGAUCCCAACCCCGCCGACCCCCUUGUACCCGCCAUUGCACAAGAGUAUAAGCAGAAUCGCAAGAAGCAUGACGGCACCGCCAGAGAAUGGGUGAAGAUGUACGCGCAGCCGAAGAAGGACACACCGGCAGGGCCAGCGCACCCCGCGCCGCGGGCGUCGACGUCCCGGCCAGGGACGAUCCAUCGUCAUGUGAACGGCUCUCUCGCACCACCACCCCAAAUUGCUGGCACUCGGCGGUCAGCUCCGAGUGGUGAUUCGGCCACGCCUAUCGAGAUCGGAGACGACGACGACGACGUCGAGAUCGAACUGUCCACCCCGCGCCGGUCUAAACGUGCGCGCGUCGAGAACGGGGAGAGUAGCCGUACCGGGAAUACGAGUCGCCUGAGUGGCCCUGGCGCGUCGGCCGACGACGUGAUUGUCAUUGACGACGACGACUAG